AUGCCCUAUCUUUCUCUCAACCCCCCUUCAUAUGACCGAUCCACUCGUUCACACAAUUCUGAGCACUCGUUUCCUCCAAUGUCGCUACAAAUUGCUAGACGUCAGAAUCAUCGUUUGGCUGCCCAAGAGCCUUCAAUUCAUGUCCUCGAUUACGUCAUUUUCGAGGAUUUAGAGCAGAUGAUGUCCAUGUCCAUACAUAUGCACAUGUCAGUGCCUGGAAAUUUUCUUCUCGCUAGGCUUCAAACCCAUGAUUCAAUUAUCCUCUCACUCAUCCCCCCCACCUCUAAUUUCAUAUCCUACCCCUCGCAGUUUGCUCAGGCAGUACGCAAAAUUAACUCUAGCUCUUCCCUUUUGCAAUCUCCUGUUCGUCAGGUUUCUUUGAAAGAGGAUAUCCACAGCCUCACCUAUCUUCCUUUUCCUGGUGAGGCCAGUCUUUCCGUUACAUUCCAAUCAAUUUCGCUGAUUUUCUUUGAUCCUUGUGCUGAUUCUCCUUCCCGUAUCUCCCAUGUAUUUUUGUUUACAGUGCUUACAGUUUAUGCUGUAAACUCCGGAGCACUCCGUUUCUCCAGGAUUGUACGAAUGCCCAAUUUUCCUAUUAUUGACCGUGGCUUCCGAGGGUAG